GGGGUGUAGGAAGAUUGUGGAGGCUGAGAUGGACUUGACAUUGGCAAAGAGUCAGGGCUAUUUGAGGCGAGAAAAUUCUUCUUCUCGUAAGAUACACUGGUUUUGGGAGUAAGCCUAAGAGGAAUGUGUUCAGGGGUUCUUGAAUGCCUACAGAUUUAGCAGAUGCAAUGGGGCUUGGAAAGACUGUCAUGACAAUUUCUCUAAUAUUUGCAAAUCAAAGGGGAAGAUCAAGAAACCAUAAUAUAGAAAUGGAAAAUCCUGAGGAAGAAUCAAAUUUUGUAAUGGGAGGAACCCUAAUUGUUUGUCCCAUGGCAUUAUGUGGCCAAUGGAAGGAUGAGCUAGAGACCCAUUCACGGUGGCCUGGUUCGAUUUCUGUAUUCAUUCACUACGGUUGUGACAAAACAAAUGAUCCCAGAGAAAUUGCCAUUUAUGAUGUGGUCUUAACAACAUAUGGGGUUCUACAAUCAUCUUUUAAAUCUAAUUCAAAUUCAAAGGCGAGCAUAUUUCAUAGAGUUAAUUGGUACAGAGUGGUACUAGAUGAAACACACACCAUCAAAUCUUUAAAAGCUCAAGUAGCCCAAUCAGCCUUUGCUCCGACUGCUUACUGCCGUUGGUGUCUUAUUGGUGAGCUAUUCUUAUUGCAGAAGAAGAUGUAAUAGAGAUAUUUUGCAUUAGAUCUCUGAUUGGAUUGCAAAGUUUGAUUCUUUGCUUGAUAGAUUGAUUCAAAGUUCAAAGUUUGGAUUCCUGGAGAGACGGUAUUGUGAUAUUCAUGGUUUUUGCUAUACCAUAAUUCCUCAUUUUUGGAAUAUCAGAAUAUUUUCCUGACUCCAACCUAUUAUAAUUUUGAUGUUUUUAGUUCUAGUUCAUUUCAACUUGAUAGGCUGAGGCCGUUGCUUAUGACAACCCAAUACCAGGUUAUGGGACAAGAAAUACUAUAAUUUGCGUUUAUGGGUGGCUAAACCUAAUGAUCAGUAUGAUAUGGUAUGCAGUGAUAUUUAUUUUGUUUAACACUGGAGAUUACAUCAAUGCAGUUAUUAGCAGCCAGCGAGCUGAAACAUAGCAGCGUACUCUAUUCUAAUGAUCGGUCUUAUCAGGUAUAUUCUGCACUUUGUCUGCACUGUAAUGCAUGAUACCUCCUCUUUCUUCCCCAUAUUGUGAUGAACCUCUUACCUUCAUAUUGUGUUUGUUUUAUGAUUUUUCUUAACAUUGUUUUGUGUUAAUAUAGCUAACUCGGGAAGAUCUGGAAUGCGUGUUAGCUUUAAUAUCUAUAUAAAUAUUUUGUACUGUAGUCUUUCUACAGUAUUGUAUUGGUUAUGAUUACUUUGCUGACGUUGUAA